AUGCGGCGUAAGAGGUUUACAAAUCUUCUCCUUCUCCUCCUCCUCCUCCUACUCCUCUUCCUCCUCCUCCUCUUCCUCCUCCUCCUCCUCCUCCUCCUCCUCCUCCUCCUCCUACUCUUCUUCCCAUUCCUCCUCAUCUUCCACCUGUACGUUACGCAGUGAACAAAAUUAACUUUUGUUUCUACGGCCUAGCGAAAUAAGAAGAUGACCCGGUCAGCUACUGUUCCACACAGUAACAUGCAUGCAUGCUUUCCUUGUGACAAGGGAUUCUCCAUUGCAACCAAACCAAGGAAGUAGGCUCAUCUUUCUAGUUGUAGUGGGGAAAGAUCUGUUAUAUAAACAGUCGACUACCGCGAACGAGCUGGUCCACCAGGUUGGACGUCCGACAAUUAUUUGGAGGUCGUCGAUUCUUCCUUCGGCUAGAUCGCAGUUGGUAGCUAGGAAUGGGGAAGCGGACUGCGACCUUAACCUUAAUCCUAACCUUAAACUUAACACUAACAGUAAGCUCAAUCUUAAACGAUAGCCGUUAACCCUAACGGUAACCCUAGCCCUAACCAAAUUCGUAAACGUAACCGUAGACCUUAGACCUAGCCGUAACUGAAAACCUAACCGUAAUACUGAAACCUAAUCGUACGCUCUAACCCUAACUGUAACCCGGAAACCUAAGCUUAAAGCCAUAACCCUAACCCGAAAAUCGGGAACCAUUAACCGGUACCCUAAUCCUAACCUCAAAUGUAAAACGGGAGCCAAAUGGGUUAGAUGUGAUAAAGGGGCCCACACAAACUAACCCCAGUAAACAACCCCCCGCCACCUGUAAUACGGGAUUUGGCUACCAAAUGCGAUCUAGCCCUUCUUUCUAUGCCAGAACCUGCUUUCAUGCUGUACGACUAAUGCACUUCCAUAAUAUUUAAUGGAGAAACUGUUCCGACCAUUGAGGACCUUUCGGUAAACAAAGUCCAUAUAUGUGGACUUGUUGGGAUAGUGCUAAAAAUAUCCAAUGGUUCAAUGCGUGUUUGACUAUUUCAAACUUUCAAGACAUUCCCUGCCACAGAGUGGUUUGCAAUUAGGAAGCAUACCAAGCGUCCUGGGGCACUGUGGGACGUCGAAGGCAGGCCAUUCGCAUAAAACGAUGCAUAAAUAAAGCAAAUGACUUUAUUUCAGAAAUAUAUAAAUGCUUUGAACCGUCUUCAUGAAAGGCGGUUUCUUAAAAAAGAUGCCUUUCCCGGCAGUUUCUUUUCGCCCCGGUCUGAAAAAACUACAUAUAGUCCUCCCAUGGAACUGAACGAAGAUCACCAGUAUCCGAGGCUGGGGGUGGAGAUGAAUGGUGGGAACUAGAGCGUUAAUUAGAUUAUGUAGUAGCUACCCUUGGUCGCCCUCCCCCUCCUUGCAUCAGUGGCAAGAUUAAGUCUGGCCGAUGGGAAGACGAGAUUACGCGCAUCGGAUGACCAAGCAUCUCUCCUCGGCAUCUCGCGUGCCAUGCAGGAAGUUGUCGCUCAACCGAUACCAAACAGACCUUACUGACUUGGUAAUCAUACCCUUGAUGGUUACCUUCAUCAGAGCGAGUCAUUGCGGCGCGAAGGCCAAUUUCGCAGAACGAAGGAUGUUAAAGUAAACGCAGCUAUCCCCCAGUUUGGUGGUUUCUCUCAUAGACAUACGUCUGAUGUUGUUUGAAUACAUUAGUGGAACCUUUGUAUGACGUGCUCGAUAAGUUAGCUCACUUUGUAUAAGGAGGAGAUGAACAUCACGUUUUUUUAAAAACUAACGUGCCCCGCAUAUAUCUGAAGCUCACCUGGGUUUCAUUUGUUAGGGAUAUUUCUAAAUGCGAGCCAGGUAUGUUUCGGAAUAAAGUGUCCUUUCUUUUCGACACAAAAACAUGGGUCUACAUUAAACUCUAAAAUCCAUGAAUCAAAACCUGCAAGCCUUUGCUGACCCCGAGACUAGGUGCUUUACCACGUGUAUCCAAAAAGACUAGGAAACCCUCCCUAACAGAAACCUUCUUUCAUCAGAUAAUGCGACCUUCCGGGACUUUGCAAGAUUUCAGUGGAGGUUUAACUUACUUCUGGAACCCAGAUUCGUGGAAUAAGUGUUGAGUUGGAAAGCACUUCGCGAUAAUGACGAGAAUAGGUUUUUCUUGUGGAUGUGCUGGCUUUCAUGAGAUGGCUUUUAAAAUUUUAAUGCUCUUUCAAAUUGAGGAGCCUAUAAAAUCAACCAAUAGGGAUUCAAAAAGCAUCAUUUGCAGUUCGACCGUCACAGACGAAGACGUCCAAAGUGUAUCCUAGGGCAUGACGGGGGCAGAGUGAUAACUAUCCUGUGAAUCGCUUACAACGGUGGCAGCUAUGUGCAGAAUCUACCGCACUAUCUCCUCAAUUACCCACUUGGGUCCGUUGGCUAAAGAUAAGCAAGGAGACCGGAGGCGGGAUCAGACGCAUGGGUUGACAAAGCUAAACGGUCGGUCUACUCGCGAUCGAGGAGGUUUUCGAGGAGACAAAGGGCGAUCCGGAUACCCUCUAUGUGGAAGUACUAUAUGGGCCACAUCAAGGAGCAGACAUUGCGGUCUGACUGUCUGAUAGGUGCACCGACUGAUUCCGUCAGUUUGUGGCCUUCUAAGGGAGGAAAUUUAGGGCGUAAGGAUACUUUUAAAGCACCUCAGAUUUACUAUGGUGAGGAAUGCGCCGAAGUGCUGUGGGAGCACACUUUGCAGUGUCGACUUCAUUUUAUCUUCCAUGCAAGAGUCCGCUGUCUGAGUUGUUGAACCAUCUGGAAGUAAAACUGUAUUCGCGCCUGUUCUUAAGGUGCACAAAAUACAUGGUAAUAAUUCUCUGUAAGGAAAAUUCAAACAAACCUACAUGUAUGUCAUUACCGACAAAGACAAGGGAGUCUACCUUGUCUUUUCCGUAAUGACAUACUGCCUAUACCAUGCACCGCUGUGCGGCUGCCAGUUGGGCUCGAGAGAAACCCCGUAAGACACAAUGGGACGAGUGAGUUCCAUAGAAACGAUCAGUGAGCGCCCUCUACCAAACCUACAUCUGCCGCACAAAUGGUCAUAACAGCGUCUCAUACACUUUCAUAAGCUAGCCGUUUCCAACCAUGAAAUGUAGAAAAGAAAGAGGCUCGUGGAAAAUCCGUCCACUCAGUGGAAAUUAUGAAUCACAGUUCGAAGAGGAACGGUUUUGAUCUAUAAAAGCAUCGAAAAGUGUCCACGUCGAGGGACUGGCACCACUGCCGUUUCGCGCGGAGCAGGCUUAGACGCAAAUUCCUUUAUAAUGGGACAGACUUGGGCUGAAUAAAUUUCAGUUCACUCUCUUGACCCCGGCUGCGUUAGAACGCCAGGACAAGAUAAAGACGAAAGUGCGUGCAAUGGCUUACACCGUUCAACAACAGGUGCCCGCACAUUUCUCAUAAAACCUGACCCUUAAAUCCACACCUACCAGACUCCAUUGCAGAGGUUUUCGAUCUCACGCAGACGACAGCGCCUUAAAAGUCCCGAGAACGAUAGGGUGUAGGACCCACAAGUACCUAGCCUGUGGACCGCAUAAUACGUUGAAUGGGGGUGGAGGGUUUUAACCGGUGCAACUACACACAAGACGGAGAUCAAGAAGACACAGAAAAUAGAUAAAUUUCCACUAAAAUUCUUAUUGUGCGCUCUCAUCUGGCAAAGAAUUUGAGCGCGAUAGCUAGUAAAUGAACAAAAAGCGAUUUUUAAAAAAUAAAGACGUGGAAUAAAGCGCCGAUGGUAAGUUUAGUCAGUAAGGGAGGGAAGUUUGCAACAAUUGUAACGGUGAAUAAUAAGUGAUGUCUACAGUCACCCCGAAUUCUAGGGUAUAUUUUUGUAAUUCCCAUCUACUUCUGGGAUCUGCACCCUGUCGUUGCCAAAGUUACAGUAAGGAGAUGUCGCUUCAGUCUAACCCUCCGACCACGUCUCCACGUCAGGUGACAGCCUUUCAAGACCCUGACACUAGCAUGUCUUGGUAUUUUCGCAGCUCACCCUAUUGUACAGCAAAGGAUCCCAAAGAGCAGGAGGGUCGUAGAGGUCACACUAAACUAUUGUCUUACGUCUAGAGAGCCAGGCUCACUAGUUUUACCCCACUUCCCAGAACUUGAGAGAAAUACUUGAAAGCUAAGCAGCAUGCCAUUUUUAGACGCCUAUACAGUUGAUGGGCUAACUCAUGAAACGUUAACCGAAAUUCCGCUGAGUGUCGUAUCGUUCGUUGUCAUCUGGCAAAGAAGCUGAACGCGAUAGCUAGUAAAUGAACAAAAGCGAUUUUUAAAACAAUAACGGAUUUAGAACAAGGGUCCGCUGGUAAGUUUACAUUUAGUCAGUAAGGGAGGAAGUUUAAAACAAUGGAAACGGUGAACAUUAAACGAUGUUUAUAGUCACACUGAAUUCUAGGGUAUAUUUUUGGAGGUCAGCUAAUUGGGGGUCCAACACCCUAUCGUUGCCAAAGUUACAGUAGGGAGGUGUUAUUUCAGUCUGAUCCCCCGACCAUGUCUCUAUGUCACCUGAAAUACUUUUAGGUCCCUGACACUAGCAUCUCUUGGUAUUUUCGCAGCUCGCCCCAUUGUACAUCAAAGGAUUCUACGGAGCAGGAGGGCCGUGUAGAGGUCACAUUAGGCGGUAUAUAAACUAUUGUCUUAUGUCUAGAGAACCAGGCUUACUAAUUUUAUUCCAUCUCCCCGAACUUGAGAAAUGCUUGAAAGGUAAACACGAUGCCAGUUAUCAGACUGCUAUACAAUAGGUGGGCUAACUCAUGAAGUGUCAACCGAAAUUCCGAACUGCGCUUUCGUUUCGGCUGCAAAAGAUACUACACUCUGUAAAAAUGACUACUGAAGUAGCAUGCAUUUUUCCUUGAUUUUCGAUGCCGUAAAAAUUCAAUUAUAUUUCAUGGAAACACGCACAAAAAUACUCAUCCUUUUGCUUAUUCAGUAGAAAAUUACGUCUUCUUUCAAUUGUACACUCGGAGGAAGGGUAUAAUUUGGUUGUAAAAAGGUUUUUAAUUGUGCGAUUUUUUGAUAUAGUGAAAUGGUUCUUCAUAAAACGCCAUGUCUCAACAUUUACCAAUGUGGCUUACAAAUCCACUGCUUAAUUUUAUAAAGCCCACAUGGUAGCCUCUUAAUACGAUAGAUAAAUGUAUGGUUUUCCGUACACGGAAAUUAUACGACAUGUAGUUUGGUAACCUCGAAUGCAAAUUUAACGGCAGGUCGGCUUCAAAAUUAUUCUGGAAUUGGGUGACUUAUAUGAAACCAAUUUAUGCUCUUCCUUCGAGUGUACAAUUGGAAGAAAACGUAAUUUUCUACUGAUUAAGCAGAAGAAUGGAUGAUUCUGUGCAUGGUUUCCAUGAAAUAUAUUUCAAUCUUUAAGGGCAUCGAAAGUCAAUGAAAAAAUUCAUGUUACGCAAGUAGUCAUUUUUACGGAGUAUGAAUUUUUUAUGCAGACAGAAAGACGUAUUUUCGGAAUCCGGCGUCCUGGGGUAGCUGAAUUAUUAUAGAAUUAUGCUGCACAAGGAUUGGCUUUACUAGCCUACUUAAUUAAUCUUUUCGAAACGGCAGCGCAUUUCGGAAUUUCUGUUGACAUGUCAUAAAUUAGCCUACCUGCUAUAUUUUCCUGCAAUUCUGUCAAUUCUACAUUACUGUAGAAGGAAAGUACUGCUCAACCGUGUUGCAUAACAGAGCGCGAUCCGUCACAUUCAUCUCCUUCUCGUUAAUUUUACUGACUUCGUCUCUCCGGUCGUCCUAACUUUCAGGCAAAUGCUUCUGCAGAAUUCGGCGGAAAUAUAUUAGUUCGAUACUAGCCGUCGGCGGUCCAUAAUCCGGCUUUUGCAGUCCUGGCUUCUGUACAUUUUACCGGACUCAGACGUAAAAAGGCUCAGUGACAUUAGUACCCCGUCAGCCCUAUCGCCAUAUGUCCUACUUUUGAAUGCUUGCGCUAGUGGCAAGUUCAGAUAUCGGAACAUGCGGAGAAGAUCAAUGGAUGUGCAAUUUUCAACCGUCGAGCUGGUUCUGAUCGUUGUUAAUCGUAGACCGGUCUUUCACGUCCGGAAAAUGAUGGGAGCCCUGCCAAACCGAGGGAUGGCUAACUCUUUUACAUGGCUGAUUGUGCCUAAUAUGUAGCAAGCAUCCGUAAUUUCUGUGUCCGUUCUACGUCUGUUGAAGCUUGCUACUUGAAUCCCGUUUAUUUCUACCGUCUGUCCAAGUUCCCCGAUAAUCGCAGAAGCUCGAUACUGAGAUUAGGGUGUAUUUUGCUCUCCAAACAAUGGGUCUGACCUCUACACCAGACAGUACUGGCAACUGGGCUCCUGAUUUGCUGGACCGCCUCAGGCGAAUCGGUCGAAUCGGUCGCAACCUCCUCUGCCAAUACAAGCGAAAAGACGAGUCUCAGGAAGCAGUCUUGAAGAAGGAGCCACGAUCGCUGGGACAAGAGCUUUAUUAG